AUGCUUGAGUCCCUGUUGUUCCUUGUGGCACUGGUGCCCGUUGUAGUGGCAUGGCCAGACGGUGCUCCGUGUGUGCAUGCCGCAUUUGAAAGUAUGAAUCCAUUAGAAGCAGUUGAACAUCAGGGAGGUCUUCAACUUUCAACACCGCCAUAUGAAAUUGCAGUUGAUCAGAAGUGUUACUGGAGGAAUCAACCAAUUGGGUUGACACUCCAAGGGCAUAACGAGUCAAUCUGGUUCAAGGGAUUCGUAAUUCAACCAUUCAAAUGGAACAAUGAUCAGCUCGGAGAACGAUUCGGACAACUUGUGAGACUUGAUGAUAAUGGAUCCUGGCAGCAGCAAUGCUUCAGAUAUCAAGUCUCAGCUACACAUUCUCACGAUGAAAAGAAGAAGCAUAUCAAGAUGUGGUGGAAGGUUGAUGAUGAAGUGGAUACUGUACAGUUUGUAGCAACUGUCGUGAAGCAUCAAACCCAAUUCUGGGUGAAAUCCGUCCGAUCCCGUCCACUCCCACCAUGCCGUCUAAACCGUGACGGAUUUCCCAAUUACCAGGCUCCGGUUCCACAAAUUCCACCACAAGUCAAACAAUUCAAAAUGGAAACGUUCAAAGUGUUCGACAGUAUUGGAGCCCAAGCACUGGAGCAAUCUCUUCCACAACAACAGCAAUUCCAACAGCCACAGUCUCCUGCAUCGACGACACCACAUAUGUCGAGAAUUAUUCCAGUGGCAGAUGGCUUCCAACGUGGAUCUUCUGGAGAUGCUCAAGUGACUGCUGCACCGACAACACAAGCUACAUUCACACAACAACCAACGUUCCAACAAACAUUCCGACCAAUUCCUGCGCGUCCACGACAGCGAAUUGUUGCUCAACAGCCACAAUCUCCAUUUAAUCGUCAAAAUGUGUUCAUUUCAAGAAGACGUGGACAGAGUAACAGUUUUGCUGCUCAGCGGCAAAAUGUAUUCCAGCAGCCACAGCCGGCUUUCGGUGGCGGACAAUGCGCUGAUCGUGAUCCUCAAGGAAGAUGCAGUCAGUGGCGUCAGUUCUGUGCUUCACCAUCCCAUCAGCAAUACUUAACGGCGUUCUGCGCAAGAACAUGCGGACUGUGUCGUCGUCAUUGAAUUCGUUUCUUGAAGCAUAUUGUUUCCUAGGGUCUCUCAACAUUUUGCUCACUAUUACUAAAGAUCCGCUAGGCUUUUCCAAACACACUACGAGUUUCUGAAAUUUCUGUAUGACAGACAAAAAUAAUAAAUCAUUUUUUAAAGGAAA